GUUUUGGGGAGUUGUUAGACAGCCAUUGCAGUGUCGUGGCUCAGUAACAAAACACGAAAAAGGAGAGGAAGACCUGGCAGUUCGCAGGCUCUCUCAUUCGACCAGGAGACCAAUUUACAUGAUUAUAAGAGCGUACACAUCGGGUAAAUUGCUCUACACUUAAAUAAGGGGUUGGGCCAAGUUGCAUAUUCAUAAGACCGAGUGCCUCCGUUUUGCAGUGAGGGGUCCUGAUUGGUUCUAUUGAUCUUACUAUCUGUCUCCUGACAGUGUUUUCAGGAUUCAACAGCUCCGGAUAUGUCAUUCAUAUUUGAUUGGAUUUAUACCAGUUUCAGUAGUGUACUACAGUUCUUAGGACUGUACAAGAAAUCCGGCAAGUUAGUAUUUCUUGGCCUGGACAAUGCUGGCAAAACGACGCUACUGCACAUGCUCAAAGAUGACAGACUGGGACAGCAUGUGCCAACUUUACAUCCAACCUCAGAAGAGCUGACGAUUGCUGGCAUGACUUUCACCACCUUCGACCUUGGAGGCCACGCACAAGCCCGUCGAGUGUGGAAAAACUACCUCCCUGCCAUCAAUGGCAUUGUCUUCCUUGUGGAUUGUGCAGACCAUACCAGAUUGAACGAAUCAAAAGCAGAGCUUGAUGCAUUAAUGACAGAUGAGACCAUCGGAAAUGUGCCUAUCCUGAUCCUGGGCAACAAGAUUGACAGACAAGACGCCAUCAGUGAGGAGAAGCUGAGGGAAAUGUUUGGAUUGUAUGGACAGACAACAGGCAAGGGCACCAUUCCCAUGAAGGAGCUGAACACAAGACCACUGGAGGUGUUCAUGUGCAGUGUGUUGAAGAGGCAGGGUUAUGGUGAGGGCUUCCGCUGGCUCUCCCAGUACAUCGACUAAAGCAGCCAAGCCCCGACAUCGCCACCAUCGGGGGAGGGCGCUAAACGCAACCACUCAAGACGCCCACCUUUGCCACCAGUACCAUCAUACUCAGCCCCAUGUUCGUUUAAACAAGUUCGCCUCCACCUUCAGAGAAACCAGUACGACUUGAUCCCAAUAGACUUUUAUUGGUCGAACAUUUGGUUCCGCACUUACAGAAACCAUACCUGUUUGCGCGCACGCACACACACACAGACACGUUUCCAUCUCUGUCUUUUUCCUCCUUCCCUUCCUGCCAUCUGUUGAGUGUGAUGAUAGAUGCAUAUAACUGUAAAUCUGUAUAUGAUUCCAUUGGUAUAUCAAUAAUCCCCGAUGCCUCUUUCCCCUCUUCAACUCAUUUUGAGCAAUGAGAAAGAGCAACAUAGUUGUAUACUUUGCAGUACACUUUUUUAACAGUAAAGACCUUCAUUCCACAUUGUAUUUAAUCAGUGCAUUUUGGUUUGUCCUUUUUUUUUCUUUUACAUUUCAGUAAAUAAAAUGUGUGGCCACGUAUACAGCCCUCAUUAUAGACGCAUGGCUGUUUCACCCAUUUAUUAAAAUGGACCAGUUCAUUUAUCUUAGCGUAUAAAACAUUAAAUCCAUUUCUUUAGGUUACUUGGAAGCUAAAAUACCUUUGUCGAGACAUCUAUCUUUUGGGCACAGUAGCAUUGGAAUGGAUCCAAUUAGUCUGUGGGCUCCCCUUUUUAAAGAGAAACAUGGGGUGGUAGUAUAGCAGAUGGGAAAAGAUUUUUUAAUAGAAAAUAAUACUGGCUAUAACCCAGGCGAGGUUUGAUGGAAUCAUUUAGAUGGCACAAUGGUCAGUUGAAUCAAAGAAAACUAUUUAAAUAAAUGAAUCUUAGGGAUGAAUAGCUUGAUAAUAACAUGCAGUACGAGAUGAAGGGAGGAAUGAACAGAUGGUUGCCACAUCUAGUAAUCAUCAAAAUUAGAAGUCCAUCCUACGAUGUAUUUCCCAGUGCAGACCUUUUUACAGGGUGAAUCUAGUGACCAAGCUUAGAUAACAAGACACAGUCGCACAGUGAGAACAGGUAGAUAGGCCUAAGACGCCUCUAAGAAAGGGACCACAUAUGAAAUGUACAUGAACAUCGUACAUGGAUUUUGUAUUUAUAAGUGGUAUCCUUUGAUCUAUGUGCAUUACUAGAAAUUAUUAUGCAUGCCUUGUUUUGAUUUUUAAUGUCCAUUAUUCCAGAGUACAACAAGAAGGAAAAGAUGCCAAAAUUUGCAAUGAAAGCUGAUUGUCAUGUUUUGUUUUGGGUUUUUUUUUUAACAGAAACAAUGGAAUUGCGCUUAAUACACAUUUUUCUCUGUCCCCGUCCCUUUGUGUCUUUUUCAUUCCCCCAUGAUUACAUGAUGAGCUGUUCCAAUAGCGGUGGGACUCGCUGUUGUUUGCAUCAUAAACAAUGUAAUAAAUGUUUUCAAUGAAUAAGAGGCUUUAACUUUGA